AUGAGCAGACCGGGCGGCCAGCAGACGACGAAUUACUGCUGUGAAUGUGCCGCGUCACAGUCCCGAUGCUCGGCCGACACUUGUCCAUGCGUCGCUUCUCGGCGGAUGUGCGACGAACACUGCGAAUCGGCCAGAUAUCGCGGCGACUGCUUGAAUCAGGCCAUCUGCAAGUGCUCGUGUGAGGUGGACCCGGCCAAGCCGGCGAAGAACGCGUGCAGCAAGAGCGAAAGGUGUGACUGCCUUCGAAUCAAAGAGGGUUGCUCGAAGCUUUGCGCCUGCAAGCAGAUCUGCAAGAAUAAGGAACAGCCCCUCAAGAAGAUUCAAAAAGUCACAAAACCAGCCCAAGGUUGCAAUUGUGCGAAGAGCAAGAAGCAGUGCGUGAAGAAGGAGUGCCCGUGUCGGAGCGUUUACGAAUUUUGCUCAUCUGCAUGCAAAUGCUGUGGCGAUUGCACAAACGGACCGUCGAAAUUCCAUGUGCCGAAACACGUGCAGAAUUGCUUCCUGGAGCACAAGCAUGAGAGCAGCGGGUUGAUAGUCACAUUAAUAGGAGAAGACUACAUCUAUAGAGGCGAUUUCUACCACGAAUCAAAAAGUGAGCCCCACGUCGAGGAGCAACUUGUAGCAGCAAUUUACGAUUUAAUCUCGAAAUACAAGGUCGACCUCUACGAAAUCGUCAUCUUCGUCUCAAAAUCCCCGUGCUUUCACCAGGACUGCGACCCGAAAUGCGAAGUGAUAGACGAGUGCAAGAGCAACAAAGCUUGUGCGAAAUUGCUGGGAUUGUUGUUGUCGAAGGUCCGAAAAGAGUUGAGCAAAGUGGACGUGAAGAUGACGGUCAAAUUUUUGUAUCCACACCUGAAUCGGGGAGAUUUGUACACGAAGCAAGGAAUUUUGUGUAUGCUGCAGGCUGGAAUUAAGGUCGAGCCUCUCCUGAUGAAAGACUGGUCAGCAAUAAUGGAUUGGUCACCCCAUGUCGAUCACAAGGGAGAAUAUUUGAAGAUGUGGAAUGAUCAUAACCUAGAUAAGGCCGUCGCACAAUCCCAAUCGUUUAUCAACGAAUGCCGAAGAGCGCUGGGACUCUCUAUGAAAUUCUGGGUCGCUGAGAUUCACGAAAUCGUCAAGAAUGCUAUUUUGCACUAUUCUGAGAUACGGGUGAAGUGCGGGGAGUUGAACGACGCGUUGAAACAGCUCGACCUCACCGCCACCCCGCACAAAAUCCGGUCGACCCCCUCAAAACGUAGAAGCUUCAUCGACAUGCAUGAGCUACGCGACAAGCUGUUGAUGCGCUCCUCCACCCACGACCAGAAGAAGAAUGGCUCGAACAUGUCGGUGGCCAGGAUGGAGACGUUCGACCCGGGACAAAUCUUGCUACAUCUCCAGAACAUUUACCCGCUCUCCAAGGGGCAAGUACCGUUGAACAGAAAAGAAACAAAGAUCUUCAAAGUCAUCAAGCUUCUUUUGAACCCUGGAAAAUAUGAAAUGGAGGAGGAGAAAUUGUUUCACUUUGACGAGUCACAAAGUGAACUCCCUUUGUGGGACGAAAAGGAUCUGGACCAAAACACGAAGUUGAAGCCGCCAAGUGAUGAGAAAAGGAUGCGCUUCGGAAACGCCUAUAAGACCAAGGCUCAAGUCGACAAGGCUCUUGCCUAUUAUGAAAGUGCCGAAGACGGUCGGCGUUCCCUAUCCAGUAUGUCAAGCAGGUUCACUUGGCUUCAAAAUAACCGGCAUUACUUGGACAAAAUACUAAAAUACAAGGAAACGGGUGAAUUCCAUAUAACGCGAAUCGACGCCCUAAAUCUACUCGAAAGCCGAGUUGUCGAAGGUUUGCAAGAGAUGUAUAAUAGUGGCGCAGAAAUACACGAGGAUAGUAUCAUUGAGCUGGGACGAAAGCAUAACCACGAGCUCGAACUCUUCUCGAAUUUUACGGCUUCCAAGACUUGGAUAAAGAAGAUAAAAGCGACUGCCGGCCUGGUUUCACGAAAGAUUACAAAACUGGUCACUGUGAAAAAUCUACGAGACUCGGAGCAGCUCAAGGACUCGGCUGAAAAGUUUAUUGAAAUGGCGAAAAAGAAGAUCCUCGACUAUCAUCCUUCAGAAGUUAUCAACUGUGAUCAAUCCGGUUUCCUGAAAGAAUUGGUUUCGAAACGCACGCUUGCCCGGAAGGGUAGUAAGAAAGUCGAGGUGGCUCUACAAAGCAUUUCCGGAAAUACGCAUUCCUAUACGAUUUUUCCGAUGCUCACGCUGGGUGGUUCUUUGGUCGGCCCGCUGUUCGUCGUGCUUCAGGAGCCCACGGGUGCCUUCCCAACUAACAGGCCGAUAUUCCAGGCACGGAAUCUAGUUGUCUGUCCCUCGAAAUCUCACAUAAUGGGGUCAGUGCUUCUGGAAAAAUGGCUAGAAGAAGUGGUUGAGCAGUACGCUCCCAAGAAAUGCCUGAUGUUGGUCGAUAGUUGGCCACUCUUCAAAAAACACGAUUCGAUGCGCGAAAAGCUUUCGGCGGACAAGGAGAUUGAAUUUAUCAACAUACCAGCCGGGUGCACAGGAACGACACAACCGCUGGAUAUACUGUUCUUCGGACCAUUGAAAGUGGUUGUACGCCGAAUCCAUCGCCAUGUGAGAGCGAACGGAAUCGAUUUUGGGAUAAAAAUCCGGGAUAACAUUAUCAAGGUAAUCUCGAUCGUCUACGAACAGGUUAGAGCCGAAAGAUUCCGUCGUUUCCGUCAAUACGGAUGGCAUAAGGCGGGUCUGUUGAAGAACCACCCCGGACUAUUCGAGACACCAGCUGCCUACAUAUUUUCCGUCGACAAGGAACAGUGCGAGCAAAACGGCUGCCAAUCUACUCCAUUUAUGCGCUGCGCGCACUGUGAUAUUUCGCUAUGCUUCAAAUGCUUUAUCGAAGACUAUCAUUUCUGUUCU